AUGUCUUCUGAUUUUUCAACACCAUCACCAACAUUACCCCUUUUACCAUCAUCACCACCACCAUUAAAAUUUAAUUCAUUUUCUGAUCGGCGACCAGAAAAGCUUGAUUCUUUAUCAAUCCCCCGUACAAAAUCUUGGCAAGAACUCGUCUCUUCUGUUUUUUCCCCUACAAAAUCUUGGCAAGAAUUCGUCUCUUCUUAUGGUGGUGGUGGUGGUGGGUCUCAAAGACAAGAUUCACCAUUACAAUCAAUCUCAAAUUCACCUGUCUCACCAUUAACUCCUUCAUAUGUUGCACCAUCAUUAGGAUCUCCUUCUCCUGUUUCACCACCACCACCACCAAGAAAGCCUAGUCCUUUUUCAACCCCCACAAAAUCUAGGAAAGGGUUAAUCUCGUCUGCUUCAUCAACACAAUUAAGCAGUCCAACCACAGAAGGGGCAUCAGCAAAUAGUCCUAGCUGUGCUUUUUGUAUUGAAUGUGGUGGUGGGUCUAAAAGAAAAAGUUCCCCACUGUUAUUAUCACCAUCGUCAGGAGCAAAGGGGAAUGGAGGUGGUUCUAGUACUCCUCCCAGCGCAGCUGCUGUAAGUUAA